UUUUGUAAAUAGUCGGAACGCGUGAUACGCGCCCCUCAGAACUCAAAAUAAAUGUCUAAAUUGUGAUUUGCCUUUGAGAGCCGGGCAUAAGUAAAGAAUAACAAAAUCAAAAUGAGUUACGCGGCCACUGAGACCGUCGCUAGUAGCAGCACGUGGGCAGCCACAAAUUUGUUCUACGUGCUGUUAGUACCUGCAAUCCUUCUAUGGUAUGCGUACUGGCGCAUGUCGAGAAGACAUUUAUACGAACUCGCGGAAAAGAUCGCCGGACCGAAAGGCUAUCCACUCAUUGGAAAUGCUUUGGAAUUUACUGGAGGAUCAGACGAUAUUUUCAAACGUAUCGUGGCGAGAGGCGAUGAGUUCAAUGCCGAAAAUGCAGUCAAGAUCUGGAUUGGACCUAGGCUUCUAGUGUUCCUUUUCGACCCUCGUGAUGUUGAAGUUAUCCUCAGCAGCCAUGUGCACAUCGACAAAGCUGAAGAUUACAGAUUUUUCAAACCUUGGCUAGGAAAUGGCCUUCUCAUCAGUACUGGUCAGAAAUGGCGUUCCCACCGAAAAUUGAUCGCUCCUACUUUCCACUUAAAUGUACUUAAAAGCUUCAUCGAUCUUUUCAACGCCAACUCCAGAGCUGUCGUCAAUAAACUGAAGAAAGAAUCUGGAUCCUUCGAUUGCCACGAUUACAUGAGCGAAUGUACUGUGGAAAUCCUCCUCGAAACUGCUAUGGGUGUCAAUAAAAGUACCCAAGACCAGAGCGGAUUUGAAUACGCCAUGGCAGUCAUGAAAAUGUGUGAUAUCCUGCACUUAAGACAUACUAAAAUUUGGCUGAGACCCGACCUGUUGUUUAAUUUCACUCAAUACGCUAAGUUACAGCAAAAUCUUCUCGAUGUUAUCCACGGUUUGACCAAAAAGGUAAUUAAAAGGAAGAAGGAGGAGUUCCAGUCUGGCAAAAAACCAACCAUCGUAGAAAGCUCUGAUGUUUCGGAAGCUAAGGAUGGUCUACCUACAAAAGUUACCUCAGUUGAGGGACUAUCGUUCGGACAAUCUUCUGGACUUAAAGAUGAUUUAGACGUUGAUGAUGAUGUCGGUCAGAAGAAACGUCUUGCUUUCCUUGACCUUCUUCUUGAAAGUGCUCAAGGUGGAGUUGUCAUUACAGAUGAAGAAAUUAAGGAACAAGUAGACACUAUUAUGUUUGAGGGUCACGACACAACAGCUGCUGGCAGCAGUUUCUUCUUGUCCUUAAUGGGAAUUCAUCAAGAUAUCCAAGACAAAGUUGUUGAAGAACUAGACCAAAUUUUCGGUGACUCAGACCGCCCAGCCACCUUCCAAGAUACUUUAGAGAUGAAGUAUUUGGAGAGGUGUCUAAUGGAAACUCUUCGACUUUUCCCUCCAGUACCAAUUAUUGCUCGCCAUUUAAAACAAGACAUUACAAUGCCUUCUAAUGGCAAGAAAAUACCAGCGGGUGCUACAGUUGUUAUUGCCACCUACAAACUACAUCGUCGCGAAGACGUCUAUCCUAAUCCCGCUAAGUUUGACCCUGACAACUUCCUGCCAGAGCGCUCUGCUAAUCGUCACUAUUACGCUUUCGUACCUUUCUCUGCCGGACCCAGAAGCUGCGUCGGUCGUAAAUACGCAAUGUUGAAGUUGAAGAUCAUCCUUUCAACUAUCCUGAGAAACUUCCGUAUCCACUCCGACCUUAAAGAAUCUGACUUCAAACUUCAAGCUGAUAUUAUAUUGAAGCGUGCUGAAGGAUUUAAAGUGCGCUUGGAGCCCCGCAAGAGGACAACAAAGGCAUUCUAAACAACUGUACCAAUAUAGUACAAAAACCUUU